GUCAGACUUGUCUGCAUAGUAUCAAUGACAUGGCCUGGAGGCAGCAAGCAUCGACCGAGACGAACAGGACAAUCCGCAGUGGUAGGCGCACCUGGACCAGACAGACAGCGCACACCCGCACAACGCAUACCGUGCCAACGUACCGCUGUCACGACUGAUUCACCUCGGUGCAGAUCGCGUGCGAACUUUUGCAAAGGUGGCAGGGCCCCCAUCAAGUACAUAUAUACCGAUCCCGAGCUAUCGGCGGAUCGUCGCCGCCAGCCUUGCAUUGCCAUCUACUUUGUUGCAAGGGCGCACGCGGGCCUUGUGCAGCACGGCCAUCAUCUAUCUCCGCUUGGUCGCAUUUGCACCGCCUUUCAGCCCUCCUUUUGAACCCCUUUGGCCCCCCAGCGCCAACCGUUUGCGGCGUUCAAGCUCCAGCUGCGUCGUCAGAGACCCACUCGCCAAUAUGGACAACUCGCUCGCCACAUCCUCCUCGCAGCAGUCGAUGCUCUCGCGGCUCGUGCUGGAUCUAAGGGGAUCCCGCUUCGUCAUCGAGCGCGAGACACUUAUGAAUCUGCCGGAGAGCGUCUUGCUUUGCCUCUUCCCCAAUGGCCUCGUGCUUAGUCGGAAUGGUGGCGGGGGCAUGAACGACGGCGACGGAAUGGAAGAGGAUGAAGAGGAGGUUUACAUGGUCGAUUUCGAUCCUGCCUGCCUCUCCUAUGUCCUUGCCUUCUUCCGAUCAGCCCAAGAUGACUUUUACGGAACCGCAACCACCCCUGGUCGGUAUAGGGCCGCCCUGUCGCCAUCUUCGUCGCAGGGCGACCUCGCGCAACAGCAGCAGCUUCAAGCCGCCGGUAUGCUCCCCCUCGGUGGACCUGGUGGCAACCCCCUGCUCUCCAAGCAGACGAUCAUUGUCCUGCGCGAGGAGCUUGAGUACUUUGCGAUCCCCGCCAAGACGUCUCCUUCCCUCAAAGCGCAGCAGCAGAGCGGCGCCAGGCCCGAUCUGCCGCCUUUACGCGCCAUCGACCACUCGCUACCGGACGCCGCGGCCGCGCUGGCCGCACUCGAACAGGCGUACGAUCCCGAUCAGAACGAGGAGACAACCAACCUUGUCACCGGAGCGCCGACCGAGAAGCUGCUCUUGCUCAAGCACAAGGCCGGACAGGCUCUCCUGGAACGAAGACACAUCUUUACGGCGUUGCAGAGGAAUGUCAACAAGGAGAACAACCUCGCUGAGCAGCACUUGAUCGAUAUGCUCUGCAUGAGCGGUUUUGAUCGCUCCGACACCUGGGGUUUCCGCGCCGUCGAGCCUGCGCGGUGCUGCAUCACGUCCAUCGCUCUGGUGCUGCUCAAGACCGGCAUCACGCACGCGGGUGAUAGCAAAGGUCUCGAGGCCAUUGCGGCGCAAGCCCAAGCUGAUGACUCAGCAGCUGCGGACCCUACAGUUGUCGCGGUGCCGCAAUACGUCGAUGGACCUGGCGGCAUGAAGAUCGACCAGAAUCAGCUUGCCACGGCGCAGAAGCUAUUGCUCUUCUGGAGGAAACCUGCGCGGAAAUGCUGGUGGGACGGCGUCGACGUGGUCGUCCCCAUCGAUGCGGCCGCAGACAACACCAGCGGCAGCAAUGGAGGAUUCGCAGCAGCAUCAGUGCCAUCCUCCACUGCCGCUUCCACGCCCCCGGCGGACGGCGCGCACGCUGUACCCGGCGCGGAAGCCAGUCCGACGGCUGGCAUGACGGCCAACGAGUUGGAACUGUUCAGGAGUGGGAAAGGACGUAAAGUUCGUGUGUGGGCCAGGAGAGUUUGGACGCUGGAAUUGAGCUUGAUCUGAUUGCUACUGCUGCCCAAGAGGACGGAAGAUGGCAGGGAUACGGCUAUGGAUGCCGUACCGACUGAACUCCAGGGCGCAACCCAACCAAGCCUCUCGUCGUCACUUAUAAUCCGCACGCUCACACGCUCACACACGACCCCACACCCACACUCUUUUUCGUAGACCCGCAUGACAUGCUGUGAUUGUAACACUACCGGCCCCAAACAUCCACUUAUACCGAUGCACCCUGCACAGUUUUUCUCGUCUGCACCCGCUCCCGUGAUCGCUUUGCACUGCUCCAGGCCAGGGCCCCAC